UUUAAUUUUUUCUGUGUUUACUCUAGUAAAUUUUUUGAUUUCGCUACUGAAUUAGACUUCGGAUAUAAAGGUUCUGGCUUCCAUGCACACAAAAAUCAAGUUACUAUUAAAAUAGCAUUGAGAUUGACAUAUGCACUGAGAUUAUCCCAAUGUACGGAAUUACUCGCAUCCUAAACUUCUACAGUAGUCUUCUAUCAACAUACAAUGUUCAGAUCAAUAAGGCCUUUAUCGGAAUAUUGUGCAUAAUACCGUCUGUGUAUAUGUGGCGUUCCGAUCCGUCAUUCGUAUAAUAAGCCAAAGUUUAUAAAUUGGAGUUCCUUAAUUCCUCUGUCAAUUUCUGCUAUGGUUGUUGUCUGCAAUGUUUUUGCCCUGAAUCUAUUGUUGCUUUAUGGUUUUGUGGUAUCCUGCACUUUGAGCAUGCAGUUAAAGGACUUAAAAAAUGAUGCUCAAUCAUAUGGUAUUCGCGAAACUCGUCAAGCUCCAAAUGGUGUUUGUCUUGAAAAAAUCGAAAAUGGAUCAUAUAUUGGCAUGGCUCCACAUCCUGAUGGGUCUAACCGCGUAUUUUUGUGGAAUCAACAAGGUAAAGUAUGGAUUGCCAAUGUUCCUGAGGAUGGAUCUAAUGGAGUGUUGGAAAUUGAUGAAUCGAAGCCCUUUCUAGAUAUAACUGAUCACGUGCUUUUUGGUUUGCAAUUCGGGGUAAUGGGAAUGGAGUUCCAUCCUAAUUUUGUAAGUAAUGGUCGUUUCUUUGUUUCGUACCACUGUGAUAAGUUGCGACACUCAGGAUGUUUAGGUAGAUGCUCGUGUAACUCGGAAAUUGAUUGUGAUCCAGCAACACUUCCGAUAGACAGUGGCAUUGCACCAUGCCAGUAUCAAAUUGUAGUAGCAGAGUUCACAGCAAAUGCUACUGCAACAACACCUUUCUUGGUAGAAAGUUCUAAGACAUUGGAAGUGAAGAGGAUAUUUACAAUGGGACUACCACAUAAGGGAGUUUAUGGAGGACAGAUUCUUUUCGGCCCUGCAGAUGGAUUUUUGUAUGUUAUGACUGGUAGUGGUACACAGCGAGGGGACCCUUACAAUUUUGCACAAAACAAAAGAUCGUUGCUCGGAAAGAUCUUGAGGAUUGAUGUGGAUCAAAGAAACGAAGUGCAUGAUCGAGGGCUUUGGGGAAAUUACUCUAUACCAAGAGAUAAUCCGUACAGCACUGACAAGCAAUUAGCGCCUGAAGUUUGGGCUUUAGGUCUUAGAAAUCCAUGGCGAUGUAGUUUCGAUUCAGAAAGGCCUUCCUACUUCAUGUGUGGAGAUUCUGGUCAGGACAUGUAUGAAGAGAUAGAUAUGAUAACAAAAGGUGGAAACUAUGGAUGGCCCGUCUACGAAGGCCCUUAUCUCUUCAAACCAGCAAAUGCCCAAGAAGGAAGCACUUCUUAUUCUAGCUCCAACAGUCUCAUAUUCCCGGUCAUGGGAUACAACCACUCUGAAACUUAUAAGACAAUUGGUUCCGCGUUUAUAAUUGGUGGAUACUUCUAUAGGUCUCAAACUGAUCCUUGUCUGUAUGGAAGGUACUUGUACAUAGACUUAUAUCCAGAUGGAAUAUGGUCAGGUACUGAAAAUAGUAGAAACUUUACAAGUUCAAAAACACCAUACAGGUGUGCGCGUGAUUCUCCAAUACAUUGUGAAUCAAUUGCAGAGGAUGUUAUGCCUGCUAUAGGAUGCGUUUUGUCUUUUGGGGAAGACAAUAGAAAAGAUAUUCAUAUGCUAACAACCACUGGCGUUUACAGAGUUACACGUCCGAGUAGGUGUAACUACCAUUGUCCUAAAGAAAGAAGCGUAGCAAGUAAACCAGGUCCUUCUGUUUCCAUGUCUAGGAAAUUAUGGGAGAGGGAAGAACACUAUACUCUUCUAAUUUCUUCUAUGUUGAUGCUUUUGUUGAAUUUUGUAUAAUGGGAUAUGCAAACUUGUUAUCAUUAAGAAUUACUCAAUUAUUAGUAAAUGUUGUAUUUCUUCUCCAUAAAUUGGGCAUAAGAUCAGAAGAAUUGAACCAAAAUUAU